CCAUCUUUCUUCUUGUUUGUUUAUUACAGUUCAUUUCAGCACUGAGUUGUUCCUCCUUUUCUUCCACCAAUUUCGCCUCCAUUACCCUAAGCCAACCCUCUUCUCUCUCCUUUUACUUUCUUCUUUCUUCUUUCUUCUUUCUUCUUUCCCACUUUCCUCUCCUCCAUGUCUGAAUUCUCUCAACCUCCCAACCUCCCACCGCUCAACAUGCCUUCCUUUGUCCUCUUUCUCUUCUUCUUCUUCUUCUUCUUCCCUUCUUCCAUGGCUGCUCCUUAUCCCUUCAGCAUUUCUUACCAUAUUGACUGCGGUGGUCUAAUCAACUCCACCGACCCAUUUGGCACUACUUGGCUCUCCGACCGAUUCUACACCGGCGGCACCACCGGAAUAGUCUCUGAGCCCCUCAUUUUCCAUCACCCACAAGAGAAGAAUCUCAGAUUCUUCCCUCUUUCCUCCGGCAAGAAGAAUUGCUACAUUAUACCCAAUUUGCCCUCUGGCCGAUACUACUUCCGCACAUUCACCGUCUAUGACAAUUACGAUGGAAGGUCUCACCCUCCUUCCUUUGAUGCCUCCAUUGAAGGCACUCUCGUCUUCAGUUGGCGUUCUCCUUGGAACGAGAACCUCGCCCGCCAUGGCGCCUACUCCGAUCUCUUCGCCUUCAUUACCGAUGGUGAGGCUGAUUUUUGCUUCUACAGCCUUUCUACCGAUUCGCCGGUGAUUGGGUCUUUUCAGCUCGUUCAGGUCGAUCCCUUGUCAUAUAACUCAACAACCAUUGGAGAGAAUUUCAUUCUUGUUAACUACGGAAGGAUUACUUGCGGUUCUGAGCAAUGGGGCCCUGGGUUUAGCAAUGAUACCGACGUUUUCGGUCGCUCCUGGCAGUCUGAUUCGGACUUCAUAAUCCCCACUCUGAAACAAUCGGUUAAAGUUUUGUCGACUACAAAUUCCGUAAGUGGGACCGAUCAGCAGCCCAAUUAUUUUCCGAUGAAAUUGUAUCAGAAGGCGGUCACUGGGGGAAGAGGGGUUCUUGAGUAUGAAUUGGGGGUGGACGCCAAAUUGGACUACUUGAUUUGGUUGCAUUUUGCAGAGAUUGAUUCGAGUGUGAAGAAGGCCGGGCAGAGAGUGUUCGAUGUGUUUAUAAAUGGCAAUAAUGCGACGAGGAUCGAUAUCUUUGCAAAAGUGGGAAGUUUUGGAGCUUAUUCAUGGUCUUAUACUGUGAAGAAUUUGAGUAGCUUGACUUUGACUGUGAAGCUUGUGGGGGUGGUUGGCUCGCCGCUACUCAGUGGGCUUGAGAAUUACGCUUUGGUUCCCAGAGAUCUUUCCACCGCGGCGGAGCAAGUGUCUGCAAUGAGAGCAUUGAAAGAAUCACUCCGUGUGCCCGGCAGAAUGGGUUGGAAUGGCGAUCCUUGUGCUCCUACAAACUGGGAUGCCUGGGAGGGAAUAACAUGUCGACCCAACAAGAACGCGACUGCCCUUGUUAUAUUUCAAAUUGAUCUUGGAAGUCAAGGUUUGAAAGGGUAUAUCAGUGACAAAAUUAUUCUUUUGACAAACUUAGUAAGCCUAAAUCUUAGUUCUAACUCACUGGGGGGCACGAUACCACCUGGGCUCGGUGAAAAUUCUCUUACCCGACUGGAUUUGUCAAAUAAUGAGUUAACAGGAUCUAUUCCAGAUAGUUUAGCAUCUCCAAAUCUGCAGCUCGUGCUACUGAACGACAACUUACUGGAUGGACGAGUUCCUGAAGAAAUAUAUUCAAUUGGUGUGCAUGGUGGAGCCAUCGAUCUGUCUGGUAACAAGGGUUUAUGCGGUGUGCCUUCCCUACCAACAUGCCCUAUAUUCUGGGAAAAUGGGCGGUUGUCUAAAAAUGGUAAAAUUGCAAUAGGUGUAUCAUCCACCUUCCUUUUCUGUGCACUGCUGGCAGUGAUCUACAUAUGCUGCAUCAGAAGACGUCGAAAUGAUUAUGAUUUUGGGUUGCCUAGUGAAUUAAUUUCUCUUGCUGCCAAAAGGAACAGGUAUCAGAGGCAGAAAUCCUUAAUGCUCCUGGAAAUGGAGAGUCAACACGCCAAGGGAUUAUCACCUUUCAGUCCUCUCAACUGAGUUAUGCCGCAAAAAACAGGAAACAGAGAGACUUUUGAAACUGCAACCGACCUUUAUAAUGCUAACUAACUUAAACACGACCGCACAGGAUGCCUGAACAGAAUACAAUCAUCGGCUUUGGUGCUGAAAUGAGACACAGAAUAAUGUGGAGAAUUUGUAAGCAAGCAUUGUAUCAGAGAGAGCAAUUACAUCUUUGAUGAAUUGAACAGUAAGAAGUUUGGUAUGUAGCAUUUGAUAUAUGAUUGGUGUCCAUUUGGAAAGCACAGAUCAUUAUUCUAUCUAAUGGGAUGUCUCCAUAACAUAACAUGUAAGUUCUGUACCAAAAAUGUAUAUACACUAUUUUUGGUGGAUAGCAGUCAGUUUUCUCAUGAACUGGCUUGUUGUAAGUUAUUGAAUUUCCACGAAUCUGUUUUUCCACCAU